AUGGCCGACAAGGAUCUAGAGCUAUUGGACAACGUCGAGCUGCGCUUUGCCUUGGCAGAGACCGACUCCCAAUUGGAAAAAACGCUCAACACCUUCCUCUGCCCCGUCCUCUUGAAGCUGGCCAGCCCUGCAGAGAACGUCAGAGCAAAGGUCGUCAGCAUCUUGACGCACAUUAACAAGCGUGUUCGACCAAAACCUUCUAUCAAGCUGCCUGUGACGCCCCUACUCCAACAGUUCUCGACCAACAGCUCGGUGCUCGUCAAAAACUUUUCCCUCAUCUACAUCGAAAUGGGAUACGAGCGACUCAAUCUCGAGUGCCUGGCUGAAGUGAAGCAGCUGAACGAAGACAACACAACGUCAGACCCAUACGACUUUAUCGCCAACCCAUUGGACGCAAUCGUGCUUCUCUCGCGAUUCCAGGACGUUCUUCUCUACCGCCAGCCUAUUAUUGCACAGCCGACGCUUCAUCCGACUAGCGAAGCUCAGUCACCAUCAAGCCCACUCUCUGGAGCAGCUGCACCAGCCAUUCCUGAUGGUAUGAGCCCUCAGUCUCUUCUUUACGUAACAAACAACCGGAAGGCGCCUUGGGCAACCUCCAGUGAUCUCAAGAACAUCAAGACUGGCGCACUGAGAUUUGUCUGCUCGACAACAUCUUUCCCUGACGCUUUGCCAGCUCAGGUUCACUUAGAGCGGUUCAUUGCUUUGAUUGCAGCUACAGGAGACGCCUAUAAUGAGGCUGUCAGCAUGGGAGAGGAUGGACUCAAGCGAAUCAAAUUACCGGAUCUGGAGGAGAAAACGGCUAUUGAUAGGCUGUAUCAGAUGUACCAGGGUUCCAACAGGGGCAAACCGGUUCCUGGCCAAGAGGACGUUUUCAGACAGCCAAGUUCGAAUGUGGUGAAGCUGAAGAUUAUGAGCUACCUUUCAAAGUCCAAAGUGGCAACAGAGUCCUUCCCUUCUGCUCUUCAAGUGUCGUUCGACUGUUUAUACGGUCCCAAAACCAACACCAAGUUGGUCAUGGCCGGCAUGGCCUUUGUUCAAUGGAUUGCUAGGAUGAGCUCCCAAACUGCGUUGGCGCCGAUUGCGCCCGUCCUCGUUUCAGGAUUGCUGAAGUACACUCGGGAGAACGCUGAUGCUGCCGGAAUGGAGAGCGAAGCUGCCAAGGGAUUCGCCUACGUGGCCGUCAGUCUGAUCUCGAAGAGAGUUCCCGACAUCUUCAGAAAGGACUUGUCGAUCACAGAGGGAUUCUUUGACCAGCUCUCAUCUCAACCCCCCAAUGUAAAGACCUACAUCCAGGAAGCACUCUGUACACUCCUGGACGCCUUCCAGCCCCUGAAGGACUGGGCAACUGAGAUUGAGGUGAAGCGCAUCCUGGCAAUCAUAGAAGACAACAUGGCUAAGGAGGAGCACCAGGCGCGCUAUUGCGCCAUCAGAUACGCGACAGGACUGUUCCCAUUCUCAGACGCUGCCUCCAAGUACGUUUGUCUGAUGACCGUUGCAGAUUCCAAACUUGAGAUCAGGGAGGAGGCCAAGCGCGGUCUCACCUUCCCGACUGCUCGAGCACUCGAAGAAAAUGCUGCGGCUUCACAAGAGUCGAUUCUUCCUGACUUCAUCAAGUUGGUGGAUCUUAUCAAACUCAAAUCAAGGGCUACCCAGAGCCGCACGGACGAAGUUCGCUCCAGGCCGACGUAUGGAAAGUCAUUCAUCAUGGGCUUUCCUUCAGAAGUCUUCAUCCAUAUCUUGCAGUUCUUCCGCCGGCUUUUGAUCACCAGUGCUGAUCCGGAUGUGAUUAUUGAGGAAUCAUCGAACGAUUACGAGAUCCAGCAGUUCGUCUUUACACCCGAGACACGAAGAAAGGUCAAGGCUUGGUUGAAGGACAUGUGGGAGAAUGAGAGUCGGAUCGACAACGAGCAGGAGACUCUCGCGAGCUACAUCUCCUUCCUUGAGAUCGCCAUGAACCACCAAGGACCCGAUGACAAAAGCCUUCAUUCGACAGCCUUGACCUGUCUAUUGGAACUCUUCUCUCUUGCUCCUAGUAGCCUGUCAGAGCAGUACUCCCAUCGACUUGGCUGGUUCAAGCCAUACAUCGGGUCUCCUAAGAUUGAGUCGCGCCACGCAGUUGCGCACAUCAUUGGAAUCGUCGGAACUGAUAACUUGGGUGACGCCAAUCCCCAGCGCGAGGUCUUCCUGCAGUUUUUGCGUGAACUACACACUGUGAUUAAAGACAAAACCAAGCAGGUAACGGUGGAGCAGCGUCAUGGAAGCAUCCUGGCUGUGGGAUUCAUUUUAGGGCGACUGUUGUACAGAUACCCGUCGGCCGUAUUCGACAUUUUGCCAGAGGGAGAGUUCCAGGAGUUGGUUGGAGAAAUUGUAGAAGAACUGGACUCGAAGCAGAACAUGUUUGUGUCGGCCGCGGCGAUUUGUCUGGGAGAAAUAGGAAGAUAUGGCGCCAUUCCUUCUAAAGACAUCUCCAAGGACAUUCAGAAACUCAUCGAGACCGCCAAGACCACCAAGGAUAUCAAGACUCAGGAGUAUGCCGUUGCGUCGCUUGGUCACAUCGGCGUUGGUAAUCCAGCACUUGUGCAAGACAUCUUGACUUUCUUAUACGACUUUGGACCCAAGCAGACAAAACAGACCGAGGUCAACUUUACGAUCGGAGAGGCCAUUGCCUGCAUUGGUGCUGGAUGGCAAUGUACCGCCAUGGAUGUCUUUGCCGAUGUCGCGGACCAGGAGCCCUCCAAGUCAAGUGUUGAUGGUGCAAUCAUGGAUGGCAUCUUGAAGACCAUCUUGGAUGAGAUGGCCACCUCGCCCAAGGCUGCAACCAAGAAGGCUGCUUGUAUCUGGUUGUUGUCACUCGUCAAGUUCUGCUCCAGUCGUCCAAGUGUCAAGCUUCAACUUCCAAAACUGCACUCGGUCUUUUCAAGCCUCCUCUCGGAUCGUGAUGAAUUGACGCAGGAGGUAGCCUCCAAGGGUAUCGGUCUAGUGUACGAGCUGGGUGACCAGUCGAUCCGCAGCCAACUUGUCGGCUCGCUUGUGGGAAUGUUUGGUGAAGGCAAGAAGGCGGCGCCCAAGGUGACGGGCGAGACUGAGCUCUUUGAUGGCAACGCUCUUGGACAGGCACCGGACGGCUCGUCGCUCUCGACCUACCAGUCUAUUCUUUCCUUGGCCAGCGAUAUGAACCAGCCCGAGCUCGUCUACAAGUUCAUGCACCUUGCCAGUCAUAAUUCCAUGUGGCAGUCAAGAAAGGGAGCCGCAUUCGGAUUCUCGUCGAUUGUCUCGCAGGCAGAGGCGGAGCUCAAGCCCCAUCUCGCGACGCUUAUUCCCAAGCUCUACCGCUACCAGUAUGACCCCAACCCCAAGGUCAACGAGGCUAUGACCAGCAUUUGGAGAGCGUUGGUUAAGGAACCCAAGAAGGCUGUUCAAGAAUAUUUUGAUGUCAUCAUCAAGGAUCUCUUGGAGGGCAUGGGAGCUAGAGCAUGGAGAACCCGCGAGUCCAGCUCUCUUGCUAUGGCCGACCUUCUGCAAGGCCGCUCUGUUGAAGAGAUUGAAAAGUACUUGGAAAACAUCUGGGUCAUGUCCUUCCGUGCAUUAGACGACAUCAAGGAGAGUGUCCGGACGGCCGCCUUCAAGACCUGCCGUGCACUCACAUUAAUGACGGUCAAGUACUGCGACCCCAAGCAUGUCACGGAAGCCGAGGGUCAGCGAGUCCUGGAUAUUAUCAUCCCGUUCCUGGUCGGCAAGGGUCUGCUCUCAAACGCCGAGGAGGUGUCAAAGUUCAGUUUGACUACCAUCUUGAAGAUCUGCAAGCAGGCCGGUUCCUUGCUGCGAUCCCACAUCCCUGUCAUUGUUGUGGCUCUUCUAGAAGGACUCACAUCCAUGGAGCCUCAAAUGAUGAACUACCUGAGUUUUCACACGGAAAAGUAUCAAGUUUCUCAGGAGCAACUGGAGAGUAGUCGUUUAAACGCUGCUAAGCUUUCACCCAUGAUGGAGGGAAUUGAGGCCUGUGUCGAGAACGUGGACGACACCGUGAUACCUGAGCUGUCCUCUCAGCUCAUCACAAUGAUUAGGAAGGCCGUUGGUCUUCCCACCAAGGCUGGUUGUGCACAUCUUUUGGUGUCCCUCUGCAUCAAGAAGCCAGCAGUGAUGCGACCUUUUGCAGACACCAUUCUCAAGACUCUCGGAUCUGCGAUCAAGGACAAGUCGCCAGCUGUCAGAAAGUCGUACGCUGUUGCCGUCGGUUACCUCUCGCGCCUUGUAACCGAUGCAGCUCUCGUCAAGUUUGUCGAGCGCCUUGGAGGCUACUACCUCGAUACCGAAGAGGAGGACCUGCGAUCGAUUGCUGCCGUCACGGUGCGGGAGAUCUCAAAGAACGCGUCAGACAAGUUCAAGGGAGUUGCGUCCGCGAUCCUUCCCACUGUGCACUAUGGAACGUUUGACGCCCACAAAGACAUUGCAGAAGUGUGGAAGGAGGUCUGGGAGGAGCAUACAACAGGCGCCACCUCAGCCGUCAAGUUGUAUGCGGACGAAAUUGUUCAGCUCCUGUCAAAGCAGCUUACUUCUGCAUCUUGGAAUGCCAAGAAGCAAUCUGCCAUUGCUUUGAAAGCAGUCUCGGACGUUAUGGACCUGACAAAGUACAUGGAUACAGUUCUCCCUCUGGUGUUGGAUGGACUGUCGGGGCGGACUUGGGAUGGCAAGGAGCACGUUGUCAACUUGCUUCCGUCUGUUGCACUCUCUUCCAAGGCCUACUUCGAUGACAAGGCUCCAAAGUUGCAAGAGAUCGCCAAGGUUCUGUUGCGAGAGUCCAAGAAGGUGAACAAACAGUACAAACGAUAUGCAAUUGAUGCCUUGGGCAAGUUCUUGGACAGGUUUGCAGGGGUUGACUACUACUUGGAAGUCAAAUCGAUGCUGUUUACGAUUCUGGAGAACAAGGAGGACGAAGAUGAGGACGAGGAGCACGAUAAGCCGUUGCAGUUGAUGGUCAUGGCCAGUGCUGCCAAGGCUGUCGGGUUGGCCUGGACCAGAAACGCCCAGCUUCAAGAACAAUAUUCGAGCGAAUUUGUAACCAAGACGUGCCAGGCUCUUGUGCGGAACAUCUGGAAUGUGCGAGCAGCACUCUUGGAGUCGUUGCACAAAUUCUUUGAAAAGUUGGAUCUCACCUCUUCGGCCAAGGUGGUCUCGGAGGAGUCGAUUGUUCUUAUCCUUGACAGUCUGUUGGAGGGUAGUCUGAGGGAUUUUAAGUAUGUCGCUUUGCGGAACGAGGGACUUGAGCUCCUCAAGACUGUUGUCGCCAAGUUGAAAGGUACAAAUUCAUGGACGCCUGUGGUUUCGGCUAAGGUUCGGGAGGUGCUUAGUAUUGUAAGGAAAGACCCUCUUCCCAGUAUCUCUGAAGUCGCUGCUGUCCUGGAAAGCACCCUCGACUGA